CUAUAGUAUUAUAAAUAUUAAUUGUUAUAUAUUUAUGUUGAGAUAGUGUUAUUCUUUAUGGUGGUGUCAACAGCUCAUAAAUAAAGCUUAAACAUGGGAUGUUGUGACGGAUUAUCUAAAUGUUUUCUGAUCACAUUCGGAAUAUUUUUCUUGCUGUUUGGGGGAGCAUGUAUUGGUGGAGGAAUUUUUGUUAUCGUAUAUAAAAACGACAUACUGAUAUUAGCUCGAAGUGCUACGGAAGGAGCAGUUGACAGCGUAGAUACUCCAUCAUUGUUAGAGUCGGCCGCCUAUGUCCUCAUAGCUACAGGGGCAUUCGUUGUGUUUAUCUCGUUUGUUGGAUGCUGUGGUGCAUGCUUAAAGAGUAAAUGUUUGCUCAGAAUAUAUGUCGUUAUUAUUGGACUGAUGAUAUUGUUAGAAAUAGCAGCUGUUGUCUUAGUUAUUGUCUAUAAAGAUAAGCUUGAGACCUACGCAAAGGACAACUUACUGACCAUGCUGAAUGAUAACUAUAUUGGACCAUAUUCUACUUCUAAUGCUAUAAGUUUGGCAUUUGACUUGGCACAAAUCGUGUUUACGUGUUGUGGUGUGGUCAAUCAAACUGAGUAUGCUUCUAUCAACACAUGGAAUACUACAUAUGCGUAUGAUUCAGGAGGAGGUGUUUACGUCACAGCAACAGCAACCAUACCUCUGACGUGUUGUCAGUUUAACAAUAAAGAUGCUUUCCCCGAUGAUAUGACAACCUUCCUUAAUUCUAUGGUGGAUAACCAAUGUCCAGUUACUCAGGCUGGAGCGCAUACUACAGGUUGUUAUGAUGCUUUGAAAGAAGAAUUCAAUAAGUAUUUCAGCAUUUUAAUAGGUAUCGCGUCUGGUAUAGCUGGUCUGCAAGUGUUUGGAUUCAUUUCUGCUUGUUGUCUAAUGAAAGAAGACGAGAAAAGAGAGGAAGUAAUAUAGAAAAAUACAAUUGAAAGAAAGAAUAAUAGACCUAUUCAGUUAUUCAGUUUCAAUUUAAUUAAAAUAUAGAUUUCUGA